AUGGCGCAAGUUCCUGACCUUGCUGGUGAUACACUCGAUGCUGAAAUCCCAAGCUUACCGGAUAUCCUUGCAUCCUCAUCUGCAGUACUCUCAACAACCACACUUACAUCGCCGGACGCGUCGUCUUACUUGAAUCAUUUGACCUCUUUACCACUCUCUGAACUCGAGGCACAACCAACAGAGUUAUCGUCAUCCUCAGCCCAGCUCACAAAUGCCCUCACAACUCUGUGCUAUACUUCCUAUCCGACUUUUCUGUCAAUCCACUCCACAACGUCCACGCUUUCGUCGUCGUUGUCCUCGCUUUCGUCCUCUCUAGAUGCUCUUAUUUCCUCGCUACCUGCACUUGACGCCGCCUCACGUUCCUUCGCAGAGGAUACGCGCGAAAUUCAGAAAGAGCGACAAAAGGCUGCACUCGUUUUGGAACACCACGACAAACUUUACGACGUUCUCUCCCUACCCACCUUGCUCGACUCGUGCAUCCGCAAUUACAAUUAUAACGAGGCCCUCUUGCUUGCAAGCCAUUCCAAUGGCUUAGCACAGCGCUUCCCUGCGAACCCGCUCAUACAGUCCGUCAAGGCAGAGUGUGACUCGCGCGUGCAAGCAAUGCUUGGGCAGCUCCUGCGCAUGCUUCGUGAGCAAGCGAAACUUCCCGCUCUCUUCCGCGCUAUCGGAUUCCUUCGCAAGAUGGAUGUUCUCAGCGAGCCUGAACUUGCCCUCGCAUUCCUCACAGGACGCGAAGUAUAUCUAGAUGGAGUCUUAAAGACGGUAGAAAUUGAUAAACGAGACGUGCAAGGGGAUAAGGAACGAGAGAAGGAAGCCUACGCGCGAUUCCUGAAGCGUUAUAUCGACCUUUGGCGUGAAGGGGUGUACGAUGUCGUCACGCAAUACACUUCGAUAUUCCUCGAUCCUGUAACGUCAAUGUCUACCUCGGAGACAGCCAAGCUGCCUUUGCCACAGUUGCAUGCCUUGCUGAUGACAUUCACGACCAUGCAUUUAGAGCGUCUCUUGACAUUACUCCGCGACACGCUUCCGCACGUCACAGAUCCGUCCCUUCUCACAUCUCUGUUAACACAGCUAGUCUACUGUGCGAAUUCGUUUGCGCGCGUCGGGAUGGAUUUCAAAGGACUUCUUGCUCCCAUCUUCGUACGUGCGGUCAGGACGAGUGUCACAGCUGAAUUAGAUGAGGCCGCUGAAGGCUGGUGCGCUCAACUGGAGUCGGACGCUGCCCAUGGAGAAAGCCGAAUAAAGAUAAAUCCUAUAGCCGUGUCCAAGAGACCUUCACAGUUAUUGAUUGCGUCUUCUGCACCCACCUCUCCACCCGUGCCUACCGCCACCCAGUUACAAUCUCUCGCUUCUGGCCCGCCAAAUGUGCCCCCUCCGAUGCUCGCCUCGUAUCCUACCCUCGCUUCAUAUACAAAUGCGAUACUGACUGCGUUCAAUGGGCUCCGAUUGUUGGCGCCGGCUGAACUUUUGGAUGAUUUGCUACGCGUAUUGGAUACUUCCCUCGUCAGGAGUCUCGGCGUCUUACUUCGAUAUGCGCAAACCAAGCCUUGGACUAAUGAGAUGUCGCAUCGAGAGUCAGAAGAUGAGGCAAAGGAUGAUGAGGUAGUUCGAGCGAUGGGCACAGUGUUUGUGCAGUUAUUUUUGCCAUUUGUGAGGAGAGCCUUGGUAGAGGGUGUAUAUGGUGUCAAAAUGGACGACAGCAUCAUCUUGACUGGAACGGGGCUACAGGAAGCUGUGGAUGAAUUGACUAAUUGGGUGGUGCAGCGUGAAGAGGAUUUCGCUUCAAGAAAACCACAUCAGUAG